AUGUCACACUCAAGGUUCCCCCGGGUCUUUGUUUUGACAAGCUUGCUCUUAUGCUUCCUCGUCACCUACACAACACUCUACCUCUACCACCGAGUGCCGGCCUCGUACUCGAUCUCGAACCCACAAGCCACUCCGCUCAAGGAUUCGGACAUCGUCCUAGAAGGUGCAGGGGUCAUACAGAAUAUCGACGGUCAUGUCUUCCCCCCGGCCCCGGUAGCCACCGCGGACAAGGGCGCCGCGCCUGUUUCGACAGACGUACCCGCCGUGCCGCCACCGGAGACCCUGAGCCAUACUGGCGGGCCUGAAGACGGUUCUCACGGCUUGGAUCAGAAGCUGCCUAGUGAGCUGACCGACGCGGCUGGGCCGCCGGUCCAGGUGCCCCAAAUCCUGGGCGGGCCGCCCGAGGGCGACUCCCAAGGCCAGCAAAUCGUUCUGUUACCGGACCCGAAAGAAUGUCCCAGCGACAUGGCGUUCCUGGUGCGUGCUAGUGUUCAGCUGGGCCUGACAGAGAGGGUGCGGUACAGCCGACGUCGCAUACGUCCUGUAUUCUCGAACCAAAUAGACCGGGACGAGGUCGUUAACAUCACCGAACCUCUCGUCCAGAACGACGUUGAAGUCGACCUAUGGGACUGCUGGGAUGCUGACAUUGUGGAAUCACCGCCGAUCAAGCUUCACGUCCCGAAGCCUUACGCCGAGGAGUCGUUCGCGCAUCUUAUCUUUGGCGUUGCGACAGAAUACAACCGCCUCAAGGAGUCAAUAUCGACCUCUGCCCAUUGGCUAUCGGGUACUGAUGCCCAGCUUGUGGCUGUCGUGGCAGACGCAAGCCAGAGGAUGCCUGGCGAGAUGGAACAGCUGGAACAGGCGUUCGCCGAGGCUGGUGUCAAUGCGAGCCUGGUGAGACCAAUCGACGACGCAUACACCACCUCCCAGAAUCACUUCACCGUAUUGGUAGACAUGCUGGAGCGCGGCAGCCCCGAAACUCAGUGGUAUGGUCUGCUGGAUGAUGACACAUUCUUCCCGAGCCUGACGCCUCUCUCCAACGCCCUGGCCGCUGUGGACCACACGACAGAUGCUUAUGUCGGCACCCUGUCCGAGGAUUUCAACGCUAUUCGGACCUUCGGGUUCAUGGCUUACGGCGGGGCUGGUGCAUAUCUAUCUCCUCCCCUCGCCAAGAAGCUUGGUGAUCAGUCUCGCAGAUGCAUUGAAGAAGCAAAGAGCGUCGAGGGCGACAUCAUCAUCCGGGACUGUGUCUACACCAACUCCCGGGCGAAACUUACCAUCCUUCCAGGCCUGUACCAGCAGGAUAUGAAGGUAGAUGCCAGCGGAUUCUUCGAAGCCGGGCUGCGCCCUCUGAACCUACACCACUGGAAGAGCUGGUACAGUGAACCUGUCGACAAGAUGGCCGCAGCAGCCAAGUUUUGCGGCGAUUGCUUCCUGCAGCGUUGGCGCUUUGGCACUGACACUGUGCUAUCGAACGGCUAUUCCAUCGCAACCUACCGUGAUGGCGUUGAUACUGUUGACCUUCAGACGGUCGAGGGCACAUGGAUGAGCAUGGUUUGGAACACUGGUUACGUACAGGAAUACGAUUUCAGUAUCGGCCCCCUUCGCCAGCCGUAUGGACCGGGUGAGAAGAGGAGCUACAAGCUCAUGGAUGUCGAGUUCACGGAAAGGGGGCCCCUGAAGCAGCUAUAUGUCUUGGCAGGCAAUCCAGAGGCCGGCGAAUUAGACGAAGUGGUCGAACUGAUAUGGGAAAAGCAAUAA